CGCUCCCCGCGGGCGGCCGGGGUCCGCGCCGCAGCCGCCGCCGAGCUCCGGCCGGAGCUGCCGCGAGAGGCGGCGGCCGCGGCCCCGGCCCCGGCUGGCCCGCGGCGCCCCCCGGCCGCUCCCCCGCGCGCCGGCCCCGGCCAUGGGGCUGGGCGGAUCCGGGGCUCGGCCCAGCUGAGGCUGCGGCGCCCGCCGGCGCGCUCCGCUCGCAGGCGCCUGGCCCUCAUGAUGAUGAAGAAGAAGAAGUUUAAGUUUAAGGUGGACUUCGAGCUCGAGGAGCUCUCCUCGGUGCCCUUCGUCAAUGGAGUCAUCUUCUGCAAGAUGCGGCUGCUGGACGGCGGCAGCUUCACGGCCGAGUCCUCCAGGGAGGUGGUACAAGCAAACUGUGUUCGCUGGAGAAAGAAGUUCUCAUUUAUGUGCAAAAUGAGUGCAAGUGCCACCACAGGCAUCCUGGAUCCUUGUAUCUACAGAGUGUCUGUGAGGAAGGAAUUAAAAGGUGGAAAAGCUUAUGCAAAGCUGGGCUUUGCAGAUCUAAACUUGGCAGAGUUUGCUGGAUCAGGGAACACCACUCGUCGCUGUUUACUGGAAGGCUAUGAUACCAAAAAUACAAGACAGGAUAAUUCCAUUCUUAAAGUUUUGAUCAGUAUGCAACUGAUGUCUGGUGACCCAUGUUUUAAAACGCCUCCCUCUACAUCAACGUCUAUACCAAUUGCUGGUGAAUCUGAAUCUCUGGAAGAAGAUAGAAAAGGUGGAGAGACUCUCAAAGUGCAUCUUGGAAUAGCAGAUCUUUCAGCCAAGAGUGCCUCUGUUCCAGACGAACUUGGUGCCUGUGGACAUUCUAGAACAUCAAGCUAUGCCAGCCAGCAGUCGAAAGUAUCAGGGUACAGCACAUGUCACUCCAGGUCAUCUAGUCUCUCUGAGCUCUGCCACAGAAGAAAUACCUCAGUGGGAAGUACCUCAACAGGGGUUGAAAGUAUUCUAGAGCCCUGUGAUGAAAUCGAGCAAAAAACAGCUGAACCAAAUCUUGAUACAGUUGAUAAAGAAGAUACAACUUCAGAAAAACUCAACAGAUGUCCAGUGAAACAAGAUUCUGUAGAAUCUCAGCUGAAACGAGUUGAUGACACCAGAGUGGAUGCAGAUGAUAUUGUGGAGAAGAUCUUACAAAGUCAAGACUUCAGCCUCGAUUCCAGUGCAGAAGAAGAAGGACUGAGGCUAUUUGUAGGUCCUGGAGGAAGUACAACCUUCGGCAGUCAUCAUCUUCCAAAUAGGGUGGGAUCUGGAGCUUAUGAACAAGUUGUGAUCAAACGCUAGAAGUCAAGCUGGUGAACUGAAGUUGCUCUGUCGAUUUAAGAUGUGAAUGAUUGACAUAUCAAGGCAUUGUAAUGCAAGCACUUUAAUAGAAAAUGAACCUAUGUAAAAAAUGAAGUUCAAGCUUUGCGCGGUGGCGGUUUCGUAGCCAGUGAGGUUUAUCUGAGGCACAAUUAUUGCUAAUUAAAAAAUGAAGUUCAUCUAUCAAGAGGAAACCAAUGCUGAUUUACCAUUGCUGAUUUCCUCUCUGGAAGUGCCCACCACUAUCCUUCCCACCCACCAAAAGGGAACAUCUGAAAGGUAGUUUCAAGGCACGGUGCUGGUGUGUGCCUUGGGAUACGCGGCUUCCAGAAUCACUGCACAGGACAAUGAAAAGCCUUCUGUUCUUUUUCAUUGCUCCCAUGGGGUAAACAGCAUCAUGCGUAAUGGAGUAUAAAUUUAGUAUUCAAGUGUAAAGUCUGUGAUAAUAAGGGAGUAUAAUUUAAAUCCUAUAAAUUCUGUCAAGAAUUUCCUGUUCAAGAAAUCUUCCAUAUUAUUCUGCCUAUAGUAUUAUAAUAAGUUUAUUGAUUCUUUGGUAUAAUAAUCAAUAUGAAGUAUGGGUGUUCAUGCUUUGAAGAACGUUAGGCUAUAAUUUAAACAUGUAAAAUGCUUAAUAAUUCUACAUGUAUCAGUCAUAAAUCAAAUGACAGGUGCGUUUAAGUCUGAGAUACAUGAAUGGAUGUAAUGCCAUUAUUAUGCAAUAUAUAUUGUCACUUGUUAAUAUUAGAUGAGCUGCAGCACCCCCGUUACCACUGCAUGAAGAAUUCAAAGUAAUUUAAUAUUCCAUAUGUUAGGGUACCAUAAGGCACCCUAACAGAAAAGCUGUUUUAAUUCACUGGUUUUAGAAGUCCACUGGUUUUAGGAAUCAAAAUUUAGAACAAGAGGAAAAUUGUUAUAUGAUCAGAAACAGGCCUUUUCUAUGUAAAUUUAGACUUAUCUGAAACUAAAAGUGAUUCUGACAUGGUAGUGAACAGCAGACAGGACAGCUGCUCAAGGUUACUAAGAGACUGGUGGUUUUCUAUUUAAGCACCCCAUGAUCAGAUACUAUGUUCUCUUUAUCAGAAGUUAUCUGUUUUAGCUUGGCACCCGUAGCACAGUGGUUAUGGCACUAGCCACAUACACUGAGGCUGGCGGGUUCGAAACCAGCCUGGGCCUGUUAAACAACAAUGACAACAACAACAACAACAAAAAAAAGCUGGGCAUUGUGGUGUGGGCGCCUGUAGUCCCAGCUACUUGGGAGGCUGAGGCAAGAGAAUCGCUGAAGCCCAAGAGUUGGAAGUUGCUGUGAGCUGUGAUGCAACAGCACUCUACUGAGGGCAACAUAGAAGACUCUUUCUCAAAAAAAAAAAAAAAGUUAUUUGUUUUGAGGCAAGAACAGAAUAUAACAUCUAUCAAAUACAGCUUUUUU